UUUACCUUGUAUCAGCAUGGUGGAUUGCGGGAAAUGGGGAAAUUCUAAAUAUUCGUUAAUGUUUAGUGUUUUCUUCUUUGGAAUCUUUAAGUCAAUCAAUUAAGACGUACUAACAUUGUUAUUGAGCGUUUGUUUUUUACAAGUCGGGUUCGUGAGACAUUCAUCAUUCCAUUUGAGUGUUACAGACAUCAUGGCAGCACUAGACUCCUCAACAGAAUUGAACAGUUUGCUGGAAGAGUGGACAAGAGAGCACAACAACAAUGCCUUCAAUGUGGUCAGCUCACUUCACAGAAUGGCGGAAAUCUUGGAGCGGGAGACAGAGGAGUACUAUAAAAUGGACCCUGACCCUUUCGAUGACCGCCACCCAGCUCACACCAUGCCAGUGUGUGCCCUUGGCCAUCUCAUGAGAACGCUGUCCAAGAAUGACGACUUCAUGAACACGUUGACGAGUAAUUACCUGAUGAGCAGUAAUCGAGACCUGACUGAGCUGCAUGUUGCUGCAUCUCGUUUGUUGCUGGAUGUCAUGCCUGCACUAGAGACAGCCAUAGUUUUCCAAGACACUGAUGGUUUAGAGAGACGACUUCUACACUGGGCGGAGUCGUGUGAUGACCCACUGAGGUCGUAUGCCACAGGUCUUCUGGCAAGGGCCAUGGAACUACAAGAAAUUGCAGACAAAUUCAAAGAAUCGAACUCAACUCUCGUUCCUCUUAUGUUGAACCGGUUACACAAUCUGAAACGUGAAUAUGAAAAAGAAAACGAGGAAAACACCAGUCAGGAUUAUGAUAGGAGACAUUUUAGGAUAUUUGCUGCGGAGUCAGAAAUGUCUCCCGAAAAGAGAGUUGCGUCAGAGGGUUCUCGAAACGAUGGGGCGCAAAAAUAUCUGGAAUCAAGUAACAGUUCUCCAAUGCAAGACACAAAGUGGGACAAGUCGGAUGUACAGGAGCAACGGAAACAAAGCCCCAGAGCUACACUCAGUCAUUAUCAGCAGAGUCAUGGAUCUAAAGAAGGAGGACAUACGAGGAGUGAUUCUGUCCGAGAUAAUUACAUAAGUGAACUCAACCAUAGCAACAGUGCCUGGUCCAAACCAAAAAUGAGAGGGGAAUACGGCAAUGUGUCUGAUGGCUUGGCCACUUUCAAAUCCAAAACAAAAGGUGAGUGCAGCAACAGCGCUAGUAGCUGGGCGGAGAUGAAGGUUAAUGUGAUCGGGACGUACAGCUUACAACCGCUCAGCUUGGCCAUGAAACAGAGGAUGAUUCUGCAAUAUCUGACACCAAUGGCAGAAUAUCAAGAGCAAAUCAGUGCAGCUUUUGAACAUAAUGCGUUGGAUCUGGUGUUCUUUUACAUGGACCUCGAAAAAAAUAAAGAUGUACGCCUGGCAUUUGAAGCAUUAAAGUACACUGCCAAUCUCCUGUGUCACAAGAAGUUUGCCAUCGAAUUCCUGACCAUGCACGGUGUUCAGAGAGCCCUGCAGGUGCCCCGCCCCUCUGUCGCAGCCUGUGGGGUGGCUCUCUGUUUCUACUACCUCUCUUACUUUGAGGAUGCUAUGGAAAGGGUUUGCCAGUUGCCGGAGGAUACACUUUCAGUUUUAAUCAGCUACUCUCUCUGGCUUAUGGAGUGUUCACACGAUUCUAGUAGAUGUCACGCAGCAAUGUUUUUUGGACAGUCCUUUCCCUACAGGGUGAUCCUGAACUUGUUCGAUCAGAAGGAUGGACUCAGAACACUGUUUAAUGUAAUCAGCACGCUGCAGAUCCUGGAUAUAGAUGAUGAACGGGAGGUGAACGAUGAACUGAUCAGCAUGAUGAGGCAGCUCAUUCGGCAUGUCGCACAUGCGCUCAAGAAAUAUUUUGAGGCUCACUUAUCUCACAAAGUGGACGAGAUCAAGAGAUCUCACACCCACAGUGACGACGACGGCUCACCUGUCCACGAGACUCCGGCUUACAAGGCUCUAACGUUGACACCUGUAAUAGUGCAGGAGAAUAUAGAAAUCAUGAUGGAGUUGAUGCCGGCACGGGUGAACUGGGCCCCAGAGGUCACUUUCCACAAACUGGGCGGGAUUAAGCUGCUCUGUCAACUUAUUGCACUGGCACCCGGCUGGAAUGGCUUCACGGGAAAAGCUGAGACAAUAAAGAAUGCUCUGGAUGUCCUGAACGUAUUGGUAGCCACCCCCAAAUCUCAGAUGGCGCUGUUAGAGUCCGUCCCACUGUACGAUAACCAUUCUACGCCGGCCAUUAGUGUGCUGAUAGGUCUAGCAGAUGGAGAAAUUCCGGAUCCAGAGGUCCAGAAGUCUGCGCUGAACGUCAUCAUUAACUGUGUGUGUGGCCCCAUAGAAAGGCUGGGAGGAUUUAGCAGGUAUGUAGGGGCUGGAUCAAAGAAGAGGAUGAACCUGAAGGUCGGAGAGGACACCCUCAGUAAGAUGUGGAACGGAGUCCGGGUCAACAAUGGAAUCAUGGUGUUGCUGAACCUGUUGACCAUCAAAACACCAAUCACUGAUGCAGACUGUAUCCGGGCACUGGCUUGCAAGGCUUUGCUUGGUUUAUCACGGUCAGAGACGGUCCGACAGAUAGUCAGUAAACUUCCUCUGUUCAACAACGGUCAGAUACAGAUCCUGAUGAAGGAACCAGUUUUACAAGAUAAGCAACAAGAGCACGUGAAGUUCUGUAAAUAUGCUAAUGAGUUGCUGGAGAGAGUGGUCGGCAAGAAAUCCAAUGCAAAUCUGGACGCAUCCCUAGAGGCUAUCAGAAGGGCUGACAUUGUUGCCCAAUCAAGAAUAACAUUCCAAGAAAAGGAACUACUUCAACUGAUACACGGUCACCUCCAGUCUAAAGGAUUGACAGAGGCAGCAGCAGCACUACAGAGAGAAGCCAAUCUACCUCGAUGUGCCACGCCCCCCAAUGUUCUGCCAGCACAGCCAUGUGUUUUUGCAUCACCUCACUUAGCCUCACCUACAUGUAGAAUUGUAGGUUUAAAUUCCCGACAGGUUAAUCAUCCAUCAGCCUCCUACAGUACCAUCCCAUCAGACAUUCCAUCCACAAGCAUCCACAGUCAAGCUGUCAGUCGGAAGGAUAGUCCUACAAACUCAGGUCCCGCCCCCAGCACUCCUGGACCAAUCAGAUUUCAUCUUGGUCGACAACUCUCACAGGCAUCACCUAGUCUUCCUCAGGCCAAAGCUGCGAAAAGUAAAUUCAGCUCAGAAAAAGACUGCGGUCUCCCUAGUCCAGCAUGGAGAACGAAAGGUCACCUAAAAGGUCAAGGUGAUUAUGACAUGACCUUGGACAAGAUUGUGACGGAAUACCUGCGUAAACAACACGCUCUCUGUCGGAAUCCUGUCACCACCUGUCCUCCAAUGUCGCUGUUCAACCCCCACAGAUGUCCCGAGGUCCGAGGAAAGCGAAUGGCGCCCAUCAAUGCCACGUCUAGGAUUUACAAACGAAUGCUGGGGCCCAAGGUGGGGGGAAUUGGAGGAGCCAGUGUGGACAGGAAGUUCAUCUACAGGCGGUUCAAACCUUGCCACACGUACAGAAAUCCCGACGAGGGAGGAAUGCAAUGCUGCUCAUUUUCACGAGACGAGCAGUACCUGAUGUACGGGACGUUCUGGGGAGACAUCAAACUGAUUAGUUUACAGUCGGGUGAGGAAACAGCCAGUUAUAACUUCAAUCAGAUGUCCAUAGAAGACUUUCAACAAGCAAGAGAUUCAGAUUUACUGUUGGUCAGUUGUGCGGAAAAUGGGUCAGGCGUUUGGACGUAUGGCGAUACAGUGGUCAGCAAACACAGUUUUGAGGACAGCCACAUAGAAUUCAGUAACCAGGUUCAGGAUCGAAUCAUCGGAACGAAAGAUGAGACAGCAAAUAUUUACGACGUCUUAACGGGCAAGAAAAUUCUCAAACUAUUCGAUGCCAACAGAGCUAACAAUUACAUGCUGAAUCGAGCGACCUUUAACCCCACAGAUGAACUCAUUCUGAAUGACGGAGUUUUGUGGGACGUUCGGAGUGGAAAAUCCAUCCAUAAGUUCGACAAAUUUAACCCGAACAUCAGCGGGGUGUUUCAUCCAAUGGGAUUAGAGAUCAUUAUCAAUUCAGAAGUGUGGGACAUACGGUCUCACCAUCUACUCCACACCGUCCCCGCUCUGGACCAGUGCCAACUACGCUUCAACAACCGCGGGGACGUCAUAUAUGCGAUCUACAAGAGGAAUGAAGAGGAGAUGGAGGAUUUGAAGGGAAGAAGUCCCUACAGCCACACCUUCAGAACGUUCGAUGCCACGGACUACACCUCUAUCACUACAAUUGAUGUGAAGUCGGAGAGCAUAUCAGACUUGUGUACAGACAAAUCCGAUUUUUAUCUGGCUGUGGUAGAGAACCUGAAAACUGAUCUGGGCACGGAGGAAAACGUGUGUAAGCUGUACGAAAUCGGACGACUACGAGAUGAAGAUGAUCGGCCUGAGGAAGAUGAAGAUGAACUGGAUAUGGAUGACGUAGAUGAUGAUGACGAUGAUAUUUUGACUGAUUUUAACAACUCAAAUGACGAAGAUUUGUUCUCAGAUGGUGAUGAAGAUGACGGUAAUGAUAGUGAAGAAGAAGAUGAUGAUGAUGAUGACAAUGUCGCGUUCUCCUUCAGUGAUAUGAGUGAAGAAGAUGACGGGGACGAUGUUGAUGAUGAUGCAUUGUAUGAACUUUUAUGAUGAUACGAUAAACUUAUGUAAGGGAUCUCAGUACACGAUGCACAGGAAGACAUGAUUCAAAUUAUCCAAAACUGUUGUAAGCCUAAGAGACGGAUUCUGCAAAUUUUUUAGAGGUGUUGAGACAUGAUAUUUUGCAUGCAACUUUUUUUUUAUCCAAUAGAAUAUAUGCAUUUUCCUGUCACACAGAAAAAAAUUCUUUGGGUCACUGUUUUUUCUUUUGUGUCAAGGUCAGUUCAGGGUUACAAUUUCUUCAUGCCAGAGGGCGCUUAGAGCUCCUGUAGAAUGACCAUUAGCUGCAUUAACUAGUUGUUUAUUAAAAUUCAUGUCGUGGUUUGCAAUGUAAACUGUAUAGUAACAAAUUUCUGUCUUAUUUAGUACAGCCAACAAAAACUUGCAGAUUUAAUCAAGUCCUAGAUGGACUGAAUUUCGUCUGAUAUUUUAUUAAAAAAAAUAAAUUUGCAUAUUAAUCACUAUUCUUUCAUUUUUCUAGUGCAUCAAAACUCUGGCUUUUUCCUUUGAUAGCACUUGUUUAAUAAGGUUCAUGAUGACAUGAAAUGGAGUAGGGAUAUCAGAUAGUUAAAGAGAAAGUAAAUAAUUUAAUAAGGUUCAUGGUGACAUGAAAUGGAGUAGGGAUAUCAGAUAGUUAAAGAGAAAGUAAAUAAUUUAAUAAGGUUCAUGAUGACAUGAAAUGGAGUAGGGAUAUCAGAUAGUUAAAGAGAAAGUAAAUAAUUUUUGCAAUUUUUGUCUUAAAUAAAGAAUUACAGUAUGGCAUAUGAAAUGGAUCCUGGUAUGUUAGCUCAUGAAAAGGACUAGGGAUGAUAAGGUCUCUAUUUUGCCCAUCAAACCAGCAUCCUUGCUUUUUGUUUCAAAAGUGUGUCUUGUGCAAGAAUUCUGGUGUCACUCAGUGGUUAUGCUCAGUUUGUAAAAAUAAGAAUUAUGACAUCACAGAUAUGAUGUUUGAAAUUUUAAGUAUUAUGGGGGUGGGGCAGAAUGCCAGUUAUCACUCAUGGUCCUUUUUAAUAUUCUGUUAUUUUGUCUGUUUGACAGUUUUGAAAAUCUUGCUUUGGAUUUGCUCUUCUAGAGACGAGUCGUAACUUUAGAUUUUUUUUAUGAGAGGAAAUAAAGUGAUAUUUUACUACACUGCUGAGUCUGCAGAAAGUAUAGUCCCUUAUAAUUCAAGCCCCUCAACCCCCUUUUUAAGAUGUGGCUACAUGAUCCACAUAUUUUAAAACUGACGAUUACAACAAUACAAAUAUUUCAUUGGCACAAUUACAAUAAUUGUGAAAGGCAAAGUUAGAAAUACAUCACUUAUAUGUUUCCCAGCCAAACACAGUAGCAGGCAAUAUGUUGUAUAGUAAAGUUGGUAAAACUUUAUUCUUAUGUGUAAAGCAGAUAUUAAGAAAGUUUGCAGUUAUUCUUGAUAUUUUAUGAGAAUGUACAUAUAUAUAUAUAUGAUGCAUAUCAUGUAUUUUUGUUUGAAUUAUGAUAAGAAUCAAUCCUUGAGCAUAGUGAAUAUUCAGUUCUGUGUUUGAUAUGCUGAUGUUUAUUUAUUUUAGGAUAUUUAAAAUGCCUAGUUAAUGUUGUGCUCUAAUGUUAAAGUGAAACCUGGCUAAUCUGGCACCUAUCUAAACCGUUAUGAUGGGAAUUCGGAUUUUAUCAUUCUCUAUAAUGUGUUAUCCAAUACGCUGUCAUUCCAACACAAAACCUGUAUCCCUGGAGAAGUCAGAUGAGGCAGGUUUGACUGUACCGUGAUUUCAUACAUUAUGUAUGAGUGUACACAGUAUAUGGUGCUGAUGAGGGGAGAGGUCAGGAGCUCAGUUCUGGUUUUAUCAUAUAUAUUUUUUGUGUUUGUGGAACCUUGAUAUGACCGAUAUUAUGAAAGAAUUAACACUCUUAUCAGGCAUUUCUGUCAGGAAUAUUCAUACAUAAGCUCAAGGUCAUCCUGAAAUUCUUCAAUAUUAGCCUAUUAUUUGAAAGCGAUUGACAGCUAAUUAUGAAAACAGGUGCUAUGGUUAUUAGUUGCUCGCAGUGUAAUUCGAGGAGAGAUACUAAAACACUAUGCUUCAUGCUUGUAUGUACAAGUGUUUAAUGUUCAUCGUUUUGUCUGGCGGUGAAGGGUUCUCUGCGGUGGGGAUCUCCCCAGUGAGGGAUUCUCCGCGGUGGGGAUCUCCCCAGUGAGGGAUUCUCCGCGGUGGGGGGUCUCCCCAGUGAGGGAUUCUCCGCGGUGGGGGCUCUCCCCAGUGAGGGAUUCUCAGCGGUGGGGGCUCUCCCCAGUGAGGGAUUCUCCGCGGUGGGGGCUCUCCCCAGUGAGGGAUUCUCCGUGGUGGGGGCUCUCCCCAGUGAGGGAUUCUCCGCGGUGGGGGCUCUCCCCAGUGAGGAAUUCUCUGCGGUGGAGUCUCUCCCCAGUGAGGGAUUCUCCGCGGUGGGGGCUCUCCCCAGUGAGGGAUUCUCCGCGGUGGGGGUUUCUCAGCCGGACGUACUGUUGGUUUGACUGGCAGAUAAUUAUAUUAAUUAAUCUUUGAUCGUUUUGUUGUGGUGUUUGUCUCAGUGUUAUUAUUUAAGAAUUGUGAAUCGUCAAAUGGCACAUUUUUGUAAGUCAUUGAAAAGAAAUUUUAUUUUAAAUAUG